AUGGAGGCGCUGGCCCACGCCGGCACGCCAGGCCACAGGUGGCUAGCUUGUCGUUGGCCCCGCCGCCGCCACGACGACGACGACGACGACGACGACGACGGCGGCGGCCGCGGCGGUGUGCACACAAGGCCACCUGCCACGCCCCCACGGGCAGCCCAAGCCUCGCCCUGCCACCUCGGCCCGUCCGAGCCUUUUGGCCUGGCUGGCCCUCUGGAGGCCCUGGCAUCGCCUCUCCCCUUCGCCCCCCCGCGCACGCGCUCGCCUCCUCCUUCGCUUCCACAGCCCGAGACUGUGCGCAGAGGCCCCGGCCCCCCGAGUGUGCUCGGACCCCCACCGCCCCCGCCGGUGGCGCUCCUAGCUGGCCAGGCUGACGAGCCAUCCCGUCCUCCCUCCCGAGGUGCCCGCGGUGGCGGUGCUGGGCGCGGGGGGCAGGCGGCUUCCCUGCGCUACGCGGGGCGGGAGCGCCACGACCUGGCUGGCUGCGUCUCUCCCCGGCGCCGGAGAGCAGACCCCAUGGGCACGGUGGUCUCGGGCCCGAUGGGAGCGCACAGUCCGACCGCCGGGCCCGGGAGGGCCGCCGCCACAGCCUGCCCGUGUCGCCAGAGGCAGCCAGGAGCCGGACCCAGCCUGGCCAGCGCCCGAACCCCAAACAGCCGGAGCCAUCUGUGGCAGGGGAGACUGCGACCUGAACGCAGCGCCUUAGACCGCUCGGCCAUCCUGACGGCGGGUGUGGGCGCGUCGCCGCUGGCCUGGCUGGGACGCGGCGCUAACGCUGGUGUCCUUGGCCGUCGUGGCGCCUGGCUGGCGGCUGUGUGGGUGCGCAAGGGGCGAGACACGCGCGGCGGCCCCGGAGGAGCACCGCCAGCCGCCUCGCCGCCGCCGCCGCCGCCGCCGCCGCCAGCGCGGCUCCCGUCGCUGUCGCACCCCCACCCCCAGCUCCCUGCAGCCCCGCUUGCCGUCUGGGGCCUUUUCUCCCGGCGCGAUGCCCGCCUGGCAGACGAGAGAGAGGCAGCGCUCGUUGGGACCCUUUGCGUGGCUCGAGGCCGGACGCUGGGUCGCCACCGCGCAGCCGGGGCCUCGUGCGGUCCCCGCGGCAGCCACAGCGAGCUCCUUGGCGACGUGCCGCCCAGCCGCGCAGCCGCGCAGCCGCCCAUCCGCCCUGCGGGCCGCGGAGGACGCGGAAGACGCCGGGCCGGGGGCGUGGCGGGGCUCCCCAGCCGACCUCCGAGGGCCCGAGAGCGGCCAGAUGGCCAGAGCGCCCUCCAGAGGCGGGCGGCGGUGGGCGUCGGGCGCCGGGCGCCGGGCGCAGGGCGGGCAGGUGGGCGGGCGGGCGUGCCCGGCGACCGGCCGGCGCAGCGGAGUGGGAGGGGCGAGGCUGGGGCUCCGGGUGGCCGGAGCCCGUGGUGGCCGGAGCCCCGUGGUGGCCGGGCAGAGCUGCGGCCGGCCGGGACGUCGGGGCAGGGUUUGCGCCGGGCGGCGGCGGCGGCGGCGGCGGCGAGAGGGCGCCAAGGCGAGAAGGCGCCGGAGCGCACCCUGGGCCGGCCGCGUCGGGCCGGCCCGGGCCGUGCAGCGUUGGUGGCCCGCCGGGCGCUGGCAGUGGGGGACGGCGUGCCGGCCGCUGGGCGCUGGGCGCUGGGCACGUGGCCCGAGGCGGCCGGCGUGCGGGUGCGAGGGCGUCCGGCGCGCAGCGUUUUGCGGGUGCUGCCAGCGGGCCGGGUGGACUGCGUGGGGCCCGCGGGCGGCUGGACGUGCAGAGGCAGGGGCCUCGGGGCCCAAGCGGAGCCGCCCCACGCCGGCACGCCAGGCCACAGGUGGCUAGCUUGUCGUUGGCCCCGCCGCCGCCACGACGACGACGACGACGACGACGAUGGCGGCCGCGGCGGUGUGCACACAAGGCCACCUGCCACGCCCCCACGGGCAGCCCAAGCCUCGCCCUGCCACCUCGGCCCGUCCGAGCCUUUUGGCCUGGCUGGCCCUCUGGAGGCCCUGGCAUCGCCUCUCCCCUUCGCCCCCCCGCGCACGCGCUCGCCUCCUCCUUCGCUUCCACAGCCCGAGACGCGAGUGGCCGGGGCGACCUCUGUCCCCCGCCGGGACCACCAGUGUGCGCAGAGGCCCCGGCCCCCCGAGUGUGCUCGGACCCCCACCGCCCCCGCCGGUGGCGCUCCUAGCUGGCCAGGCUGA